AUGAGGAGCUUCUCGAGCUUUUUCUUGUCUUCCUUCGUCUUCUUCUUCUUCCUCGCCUCGGUCCCUCUGGAUCGAUCGCGCUGCGUCGCUGCAGCGCGGAAGAUCGCUGCUGAGGAUGCCCUCGAUGCCAAAUACUCGUUUGACGUGAUAAUUGUUGGUGCAGGAAUGGCAGGCAUCAUGGCUGCAAACACCUUGUCCGAGGCCGGGAUUGACGACUUUGUCAUCCUUGAGGCCACGGACAGGAUCGGCGGGAGGAUGCGCGAGGCCGAUUUCGCGGGCAAGAGGAUCGAGCUGGGAGCAAACUGGGUCGAGGGUGUCAACGAGACGACGACAAACCCAAUCUGGGAGCUCGCAAACAAGCACAAGCUCCGGAUGUUCUACUCCAACUUUGACAAUCUCAGCAGCAACAUCUACACCCAAGAUGGACACUUUGCAAACAAGCUGGGCGACAUCUACAUGAAGAAGCUCGACGACAGCUCCGAGUGGAUCGAAUCGCUUGGAAUCAAGAAGAGCCAGAGCAAUAGCGCCGAUAUCUCUGUGCUCACAGCACAGCGCAUUUAUGGAAAGGUCCCCUCGACGCCAGUGGAGAUGGUCCUCGACUACUACAAUUAUGACUACGAAUUUGCUGAGCCUCCUCGAGUUACCAGCUUGAAGAACACCCAGCCAAACCCCACCUUUCACAACUUUGGCGAUAGCAAUUUCCUGGUGGCCGACCAAAGGGGAUACUCGUACCUCGUCCAAAAGUUGGCGGAAGAGUUUCUGGAUUCCAAGGAUGGAGUUAUCACCGAUCCAAGGCUCAAGCUCAACACGGUGGUGAACAAUAUACGAUACUCCAAGAAUGGUGUAACAGUUGGCACCGAAGGUGGCAAGAGCUACAAAGCCAAGUACGUGAUCGUCACAGUCAGCCUUGGGGUUCUCCAGAGCGGUCUCAUCAAGUUCAUACCACCCUUCCCGGACUGGAAGAUCGAGGCCUUGAGCGAGUUUGACAUGGCUGUCUACACGAAGAUCUUCCUCAAAUUUCCAUACAAGUUCUGGCCAUCAAACGGACCCCUCACCGAGUUCAUGCUCUACGCCGACGAGCACCGAGGAUACUAUCCAGUCUGGCAGCAUCUGGAAAACGAGUACCCGGGAGCCAACGUCAUGUUUGUCACAGUGACCGACGACGAAUCCCGGCGUAUCGAGCAGCAGCCCCGCAACGAAACCAUCGAGGAAGUCCACGAAGUUCUCAAGAACAUGUUUGGGCCGUCGGUGCCAAAGCCGAUCGAUAUCUUGGUUCCAAAGUGGUUUUCUAAUCGCUUCUUCGUUGGAUCCUUCUCAAACUGGCCCAUCGGCGUCGAGAGCUACGAGUUUGAGCGAAUCCAAGCGCCGCUCAAGGGAGCGCUCUACUUCAGCGGAGAGCACACCCACGAGCACUACAAUGGCUACGUCCACGGAGCUUACUACAGUGGUAUCGAUGCUGCGAAUCGGCUGCUGGCUUGCAAGAAAGAGGGGAAGUGCAUCGAUGAAGUGCCGCAAGCACCUCCACACAGGCGGGGCUCUAAGAAGAGGAGAAACGUGGACGAGGCUGAAAUGGAAGCAAUAAAAGAACGCGAUGCUGCGCGGCAGGCUUGGAAGAAGAGCGCUAUGUAGGCUGUAUUCUCUCCUCUUCAGCUAUAAUGGCUGGAAUUUCCACUACGUAAAUAAAGAGAUGAAAGUAAAAACAGCGUA